CCGACUACCUUGUGGGAAAUAUGCCAAGACGACGACAGAUUCAGGUGUUAUGUGCUGUGGGUCACAAUGAUUGAUCAAAGAAAGAGCUGAUAGCGACAUUGGUUACGGAUACAAGUUGAAAGAGGUGCCGAUUUCGUCUUGCGGAAAAAAGGUAUUAAAUGGCGACAUUACUUGAAUUUAUUCGAGAACAAUGUGUUCUUGCAGUUUUAGAAAAUGCACAGUCAAAAGAACGUCCAUGGAUCAAACUGAACAGUUUUGAGCUUACAAGACUACCAGAGAGGCUUUUUGGUAUAAAAAAUAUAGUGGGGCUAUUCCUUAACGAUAAUAAAUUAAAUACAUUACCAACAGAACUACUUCAGCUUCAAACUUUGGAAUAUUUAGCAGUGGACAACAACAACUUAUCAAACUUGCCAUCACCCCUAAAUAAUCUGACAAAUAUUGUUUUUCUCAACCUAAGCUAUAAUCCCAUGAAGCAUCUUACAGCAGAGAUAGGGAAUCUGAAGAACCUUGAAGUCUUGUGGAUUAACCACAUGGGUCUGGUAGCUUUGCCACCAGAAAUAAGAAAUCUUCAAAUGCUGAACACUCUUGGAAUAAGAGGGAAUCUUCUGAUGCGGCUACCAGAAGAGAUUGGCUACUUAGGUUCACUUAGGUGGCUCACUGUUGAAAAUAAUCAAGUAUCUGAAGUUCCAGAAAGUUUUAGCCAGCUGGAAAAUCUCAUUCAUUUCAAUAUAAGUAAAAACAACAUCCACAAAAUUCCUACAGUGAUAGCAGAGAUGAAGUUGCUGCAGUACUGCUACUUGAGAGAUAAUUUUAUUGAAGAAAUUACUGUAGAAUUCCUGAAAAAUGUGAAACAUAUCAAAAAGCUCGAUAUGACAGGAAAUCCUCUUUCUUCACUUCCUUCAGAAAUAGAGAAAUUCCCAAAUCUAUGGGUUACUAAAACUGAUAUUAUGAAUUCAGAAGACUUAAACCAAACUUCAGAAAGUGAAUCAGAAGACUGGGAGAACUCUGUUGCAUCUAGUGAAAUUGAUAGUACAGAUGCCAGUCAUAAUGAUGAAGAGAGUGAUGAUGAAGACCAAUAUGAACCAGCUGCUUUUAUAACCGAGACGUUACCUGGGUUGUGCAAAUUUCUUGGCUCAGGAAUCUAAGGGAAUGAUGCAUCGACACAUCCUAAAGAGCAGAAAGAUAAAUGCUUUUAAAGCAUUAGGUACCAUGUAAACAUAAGGAAGGACUGCACCGCAAGUAAGUAGAGUUGUAAGUUUAUGAUACGUAUGAACGUGAUACUGUAAAUGUAUGUGAAGAAGAAAACAGUGGCAGUACAUUGCAUAUCACAAUGCUGAACUACAAAAUAAUCAAGCACCGAAACCUAACUGGAGCGAAUGUCAACUACCAUGAAAGUUUCAAACACCUGAAUUACACCGAAACUUUUAUGCAUGUUUUGUUGCCUAUGUAAACAUUGUUUUACACUCAUUAUAUGUAACAUAUCGUAUUGACGAUACAACUGUGUAAACCUCAUCACAUGAAAUAGUUAUCCUUUAUACAAUGAAGAUAACAAGUAAAUACUGUGCUGCACUUUUAAACAUUGAAUAAGUAUUUGCUACAACUGGUAUCAUCAGAUUUGAGUUGUGUUUAUAAACAACAAACUAUUUUGUUCUUGGAAUUACAGUUAAGUCUAUUAACAAGACAUAACUGAGCACAUAAAUACCUUUCUAUGGAAUUUCCACAACCCUGUAGGGAGUAGAUCCUUUCUGGAGAAUGCUAGAGAGGUGAGGCCAUGCGUAGUUAUCUGAGCAGUGAGUAGUAUCUAUUGUAGCAACUACUGUUUGCUUCUUUGAUUAUUUUGAACUGAUACAUAUUCUCCAACAAGGAGUGAUAGUAAAUUGUAAUGAAAAGUAUGUCAAAUAAUGCUAUAAAUGAAAACAGAAUCUAUUUUUGUAUGAAAGUUACGUGAAGCAUGUAUAACCAAACGAGAGUAAAAUGUGUACUCAUGUAAUUGAAAUUGAAUAAUGUAACACAAAUGAAAUCUAACAAAAUGUACUAAAACAAAAUGACAAGUAAUCACCCUAUAUAUAAAAAGGGAAGAGAAUAUGUUACAGACUAUAAUGUAUAUGAUGACAAUAAUGGCAUGUCAGCAAAUGAAUGGGAUAAGUGUGUUUUGUAAAUGUAUUUGUAUUUUAUUAUGUUAUUUGUACAGUAUGUGGAAAGGACACUACAGAAACUUUAUGUAAUGUGACUCUAUGAAAGACACUCAAAAACAAAGCACAAAAACAUACAAAACUUGGCUUCAAAGUGUUAAGCGUAUGUGUGUUAAAAGAAUACAUGAGUGCACGUGUGGUAAACUA